AUGACGCGUGCUUUGCGAACUCUGGGGCUUAGUUACGUCAAGGGCAUUGGAGUCAACCAGCCCUCGGGUGUCAUCAGCAGGCUUAACACUCCCAUGGUUAUGCCAAAGCUUGAGGAGAUCAAAGACCUGUUUUCUGCCAUCGCCACCCAGUCCAGGACCCUCAAGGCGCUGCAGAUCAUAUGGGGUAACUUGAUUCACAAACGUGAGGAAAACACGGCUGGCGCUCGCUUGGUUCUACAGCUCCUUUACCAUUGUCGCCGACUCGAGAAGUUCAAGAUCAUGGAUGUUCCUACCAAUUGCCAAACGAUCCUGGGCGUAUGGGGAAGCAAGGAUUGGAAAUGCUUGGAGCUCGAGACCUUCGAGCUCGACUUUUACAGACGCCAACCCGAUGACGGCGAAAGUUCGAGCAACGAGGAGGAUGCAGUUAAGGAUUUGGAUAAGAUGGGAAUAUAUAUGUUGAUCUCUCAGAUGCUGGCGAGACUGGAGCGUGCCAUCACGUUGAUCUGUAGAUACUAG